UAAUUACUUGAUAAUAUAUUAAGUGAAAGAAAAAUCGAAAAAAAUAACAGCUCAUGCUAUAACACAAGCAGUUUUUUAAGUACAAUCAUAAUUCAUUCGUUUAAUACAUUAUGAUUAAUUUAAAAGAAACAUGUGCAAGAAAAAUUAUUACAAAGUCCUCACCCAAAAACUUUACAGGUUCCGAAGAGAACGAUUGUAAUGAAAUUAUUGACACCGUUGUAACACAAAACUGCAAAAUUAAUCGCUUAAUUGAAGAAAUUAAUACAAAUUAUACAAGAAAACAAAUAGCUGUUCUUUUUUUGGAAAUUGCAGAAAAACCAGAAAUAUGUACUAAUUUUAAUAUUUCUUUACCAUAUUAUUUGCAAAAGUACUUAUCAUGUUCAGCAGAUGAUGUUUGCUUAUCAGAAACUGGAGUAUUUAUUUUGUGCGCUGCUAAAAUAUAUUCACGAAGAGUUGAUAGUAUUUUUGAUAACAUCCAACAAAUGUUAGCUGGGAUUGAAAAAAGUUCCAAUGAAAUUCAAAAAAGUAAUUUAGAAAACAAUAACGAUAGUUUGGGGAAAGCAAAGGAUCAGUUAAAACUCACAAAAAGGCCAUCGAAAAGAAGUUUACCAAAAGAUGACACCUUGUAUGAAUCAGAAAUAGAACCAAAACUAUUUAAAAAGGCGGUUGAAGAAAAAAUCUGUGAUAAAAAUUUGACGACUAAUAUUUUUGAACCUCCAAAAAAUUAUUUUAGAUGUUUUAGAAAGUAUUUGGAAUAUAGGUUGAAUAACAAAAAAGUUCAAAAGGAUGGGUCAAGGCAAGAUGAAAGUGCAGAUCCAUUUCUAUAUAAAUAUUCAACUAUAGAAGAUUUUGACUAUGAAGAUGACAUAGAUUCUAAAAGAAAUUAUAAAACUCUUCAUGGACAUAUCGAACAUCGUUAUUCAACAGUGUUGUCUGAUAUUAAUUUUCUAAUGCAUUUUAAGGUAAAAGAUUUUGUUGAGGAAGAGCUUGAAGAAAUUGAAAGGCAGUUGUCGUUGGGUUUGCCGCAAACUCCAAAGCGAAAAUGGUAUUCCUUGUGUCAUAAUGAAUACAUUAACGGCCUCCUUGACUUAGAAAAUGAGGUUUUAGAAAAAGAGUUUGAUGCAAAUACCACUUUUUUUAAAAGACGGAGGAAAAGAAAUAAAACAAAUAACGAAAACGAAAAAACGGACGACACAAAUAUAGAUAAUGUUAUAUCAAAAAAUUCGAAAACAAAUACAGCAAAUUUUGACAAAGAAUCAGAAAUGAAAGCAAACAGUGAGUUUUUAACAAAUCAGGAAAAUGAAGACAAAAAUAUUUUUAAGCAAGACCAAAGUAUAACUAAUAUUAGUAAACUAACAAACCAAAUGCAAUAUACAGAAGACAGACAUAAAUUAUUAGUUUCAGAUAAAAUUUUGGCCGAACCUCAAAUAUCUUCCGAAAAAAGCAUGGGUUUUAAAGACUGUAACGUUUUGAAAGAAGAUGAUAAAAAAGAAGAAAAGCAUGAGCAGGAAAAAGUUGAAGAAACAAUCGAUCCAAAAAAAAUUAUAGUUCGUCUAAGUUGUGAUGACGAAGGUAUCUUUUUAAGUGAUCUAGAUGAUGUUCAAUCAGCUAUGAUAAAUCCAAAAGUAAUCGCGGUUGAUAUUCGCAAGUCGAUAGAUAAAGGGAUUGACUUUUUUUCCAUUAAUUUAGACAGAUCUUUAGAAAAUUUUCUAGGUUUAGACGAGACUGAAAAUGUGGAAGAAGAAAAAAUAUGUCCACUAAAUAUAUUUGGAAUUGAAAAUAAUUUCAUCAGUUAUAAAGAAGAUUUUUCUUUGCCAUUUGAUUUUUUUGUUAAAAAAAUACCAAUUAACUUGAAUAUCUUCAAAAUUCCUGAAAAGAAACUUAGAGUUUCAAAAAGUUUCUUUUUACCAGAAGAAUACAAUCUAUUUAAGUGUGACCGAUUAAAAAAGAGAACUCGAACGGAAAAAGGUCCAAGAAUAAUGAAGGAAUAUACCGAUUUUUUUUCUAAUCCCAUUUCCCUAUUAAACACUACAGAAGAGUCAGAUUUUUUGGGCUUUUCACAAGAAGAAAUUGAUUCAAAUAUAAUAACAAAACAGAAAAUCGAUGAAUAUAGACAGAGAACAGUAUCAACAGAUUCAGGGAUCUUUAUGUCCAAGGCUCUAAAUUCAUUUUCUUCAACAUUAGUUUCAAAUAUUUCACAAAAUGAUUCAGGAUAUUUUAACGAAAAAGAAGAAGACAAUUUGUCUAAAAUUAUAUCUACACUAAGUCAAGAUGAGUCAUCUAAGAGAUUAGAAAAAAGUUCAGUUGAAACUGCAAUUUUAACUGAAGCAAGCAAAUAUUCUGUAAAAAUUAUUGAUGUUCAAACUAUAAUACCUCCUCCAAUAGAUAGUAACAAAAUUUGUAACACCAGAGAAACAUGUGAAAAUGUAAAUGAAAUUAAUGCUGCCGAAAAUAUUGAAAGUAAUGCGCAAAAUAAUGAACUCAAUAAGCAAAUCAGUAAUCGAGAUGAAGAUGUGGAUUUUAUGGUUUCUGAAAAUGCUGAUGAAGGUUUUUCAAAUACUGCAAGCUUAAACGAAAAUUUGAUUCAAAAUCAAGAUUGUUUGGAAACAUUAAAAAUAACAGAAAAAAUAAAGCUUUGGCAUAAACAUCUUAAGCCAAUAUUAGCGAAAUCAAAAGGAAGACAUCAUUUUGACGUCUUUGAUUUAGGAACAGAAAUAAUGAAUGAAUUUUCUGCAAAAAAUAAUAACACAAUUGAUUUUUGCUCAGUUAUGGAAAGUAAAGACCCCAGUUUCACUUCACGAUACUUUUUAUCCAUGCUACUUCUUGCCAAUGCAAGCAAUAUUAAACUAAAUGUAAAGAAUAGAAACAUAACAAAACCCGCUUCACCAGAAGAUAUUGAAAUAAUUCUUUUAAGUACGAAACGGCACGUUGUGUCUGUAGAAGACAACAUUGGAAUGAUAAAUAAUAAAAAGAACUCUUCUGUACAAAAUAAUGUGCAAUUUUUUUCAAAACCUAGUAAAACAAUUAAGAAAAGUGUACAUAACGAUGAUAAUGACUCUGGGUUUUUCAGUAACUUAUCAAGCAUUUCUUCACAUAACGAUUCAAGAUAACUUUAAUAUUAUUAUUCUUGAUACGAAAAAUUAAAAACUAACAAAAUCUUUUUAAAUAAGUUUUGCUUAUGUUAUUUCAGAUAAUAACCUAUAAAAUAGUGUUUACCACAACACCUUUAAGCGGAAUUCUUCAAACUGUGAUUUGUAAAGUGUAUUCUCAAUAAGAAAAUUUAAAUAACUGACUUCAUAGUGUAAUUAGACAAAAAAAUUUGUACCUGCCACUUGAUUGGUAAAUUGGUUAUUUAUAUUUUUUAUGAGAAUCAAAAUUUGAAAAUUGUACACAUACCUUUUUUUUAAAUUCUUAAUAUUUUUGUUGUAUGCGAAAAACUGUAAGUAAUAUGCAUAAAAAAAGGAAUUAGUUAUAAAAUUCGAACACAAACAGAAUUAAAAAAAAAUAAUUUAAU